UAUGGGUAUAUGUAAUGUAUUCGCUUCGAGUUUUGUUUCAGCCUACAAGUCAAGUCAAUCCAAGGCGAGUAAAUCCGAGCGCCGAGCCACAUUUUUCCCUGAGGCAUGCGUGUUUGCUUCACGCUGCAUAAAACGAAUGGGCAGCUUACGUCUGACAUUUAGCACGGUCUUCACAUUUCUACGUGACGUCGUAAAACGUUAGCAAUUUUAUAACAGUGGCAAGGUUUAGCAGCAGGUACUUGUAACGCGUGCUUGUUUGACGUUUUGUGUGCAUGUAUCGUGUGCUUGUGGAUGUUGAUGCGAAAUAAAGUACCAGCGGCUUUAACAGUGGAAGAACGGCGUCGCUAGAGAAACUUCUUAUUCAACGUGGCGGUCCGAGAAUGAACGCGAAGCGAAGAAAAGGGCCAUCAAAAGCAGAGGAGAGAAAAGGAAGUGAGCAUCCUGCGAAGGCCCCACUUAACUUACGACGAAGGGUAACAGCACGAGUUCUGUUAUCUCUUGCACUGAUUGCGGUGCUGUACCUGUCAGCAGUUUGGAGGAGUAACGUUUCCACCACAUUUGCGAGCUUUAGCGAAAACUUGACUGUGAAGUUCCAGGCUGUUACGUGCUCAAAUGACUACAUCAAUGAGAGUCACCUGUUCCCUGAGUGCGUUCCAAGGAGGUGCGGACGAGUGGCUUCAGACAGUGUGGUUACCCCUGAAGAGGUCACAAAAUUGCGGCAGAUAGUACAAAACGGUAUGGCCCUGAGCCGAUCCAGCGGUGGUGCAUCCAUCCUGGAUCUACACUCUGGUUCUGUCUCUCAUGGCGAGGGGUUUGUUAAUAUCUAUAAGUUUGCUAAGAAAAAAGGUGUGCAAUACCCAUUUAACGAAGAGGAUUUUCAACUUUAUAGGCAAGUGAAGGAUAAAGUACACACACUGGUAUCUCAUCAGUUCGCUGUGCCUCCAAAGCACCUGUACCUCACUCACCCGACAUUCUUCUCAGAAAUGACAGACCGUGAGGCUCGCACUGUUCAUGACAACUACUGGCAAAUCCAUGUUGACAAGGAGACGUACGGGUCGUUUCACUACACUUCGCUGGUGUACCUGUCCGACUAUGGCCAGGACUUUGAGGGGGGUCGCCUCAUCUUCGUUUCUGACGCUGGAAACGCCACGGUGGAACCUAAGAAAGGACGCAUCGUGUCUUUCACCUCUGGCUCGGAAAAUCCGCACCACGUAGAGAAGGUUAUGAGAGGGGUUCGCUAUGCUCUGACGGUCUCCUUCAGCUGCGAUCCUGCUAAGGCCAUCGAAGACCCUCGGCCAGCCGCCUAGGCCGCGUAGCCAUCAAUAUCAUCACCUCUGCAUGGUGCGAGUGCUGAACACGGUCAUUGUGCAAGUCAUGCGUGCGUGGCGCUGUUCCGUCUAAUGUUUUCUCACCUUGCCGAGAAUCAGAUCAGCCUCUGACACAGAACGAAAUUGAAAGUGGUUCUUCGAUAUAAUGGUAGACAAAUGAUGAUGAUAGGUCCGAAGUGGACCCAGAAAUGCCAACAAUAAUAAAGCUAACAGAGGUAAUAUGAGUAUAACACACUGACGACUACACAACCACAUGGUACAUACAAGACUAGUGCACGGUGGUGGGGAGGAAAAACGACACCAGAACGAAAUCUCUAAGUGCAUAUUCCACAGUGUCUCAUCUAUGAUAACUAAUGUUCAUCCUAUUCCUUAUUAUUCAUUUCCUGCCUAUAGUGUCACAGGCAAACACAGGUGCCGGAACACCUGUUACGGGUCCAGUGCAAUUUAAUACCUGAUUUUGUGCACGUCAUUUCAAUAAAUCCUUACUAUACCCUA